AUGCAGAGGACAACUUACCUAUUGUGUCUAGCCCAUCACGAUGACACAGGGGUUCCUGCAUCUCUCCAGUCACCCUCUAAUGUCAACCGACCCAAGGACUUCAUUCGCUCCCUGCCACCUCACCUGUCCAUGUGCAUCCUGGGGCUUUUGGAUCAAAAAUCCCUCAAUGCAUGUACUGCCGUGAGUAGAUGCUGGGCAUUUCUGGCCAAAGAAGUCAAGAGGCAACGUGUGUGUCAAAGCACAGUGCAGGAGAAGAUCCUGUAUUUGCAGGGGUUGUGCCCCAGAGGAGCGGUUUCAAACUAUGCUAAAACAGUCGAUGUGACAAUUCCGCAGUUAAACGAAGAGGGAGAGGUCAUCGAAGUGAAAGGCCACAACUGGGAAAGCAAACCCAACUUGUAUUCCCCUCAGGAGGAGGCAGACAGCCUGCAGGCAGCCUAUCGUGAUCUGCAAACUGAUACGAUUCAGCUGGAAGAGAGAAAUGUCUUCUGUGGCUCCUACAAUAUUCGUGUCCUCACAGACCAAUCAGACCGAAGCAGAAUAAUCCAUUACAGUGGUGGAAACUUGGUAGCCAUUGGCUCUGCAGACCGAAAAGUGAGGCUUCUUGGUAUGUUGGGAAUGAAAGAAGUGGUGCCUCUACUCUCUGGCCAUGCUGGCAGCAUCAAAGCACUGUUCCUCAACGAGAAGAAAGGGUUUGUUCUCAGUGCAAGCUUUGAUCUCAGCAUCAGGUGCUGGAAUAUAUACAGUGGUGCUUGUGUGAAAAUCUUUAAUGGUCACAGUGGGACGAUCACCUGCUUGGAUUUACACAAUGAGCAGCUCGUGUCAGGAGCCAGGGAUGGGAUGGUGAAAGUGUGGAACCUGGAGAGUGGGAAAUGCCUUAAGACUCUGAAGCACAACAGUGUUGUUUGGGUUGUUAAAAUGGAUGGUGCCCACAUUGUCAGUGGCUGUGACCGAGGGCUGGUGAAAGUCUGGUGUGCUGAUACAGGUGCUCUGAUCAAAACAUUAGAGGGGCACCAAGGCCCAGUGAAGUGCUUGUCUUUUGAUCAGUGGCACCUAGUCACGGGAAGCACCGAUGGAUACGCCCUGGGAUGGAGCAUGUUGGGAAACCUCAAGAGAUGCCUAAUAGCUUUCCGCCACCCUAAGGAAGUUCUCUCCCUGGAGUUCCUCUAUCUCCGAGUCAUCAGCGGCUGUGCUGAUGGAAAGAUUCGUAUAUUUAACUACCUGACUGGAAGCUGCCUGAAAGUUCUGAUGGCCAACAGCAGAGGGGACCCCAUAUCUUCUUUCUUUGUUGCAGAAAACAGGAUGGUGAUCAAUUCACCAACUAGUCUGCUGAUGUUCCAGUUUGAGGAUGUCAGAUGGGACUAUACCUUAGCUGCUGACCGAAAGAUGGUGGGGAAGAAAAAACAGCUCAACGGGACCUCAAGCAGAACACCACUCCAGCGAGUGAAACGCCACGACCUCAGCCAGACGCAUCAACUUGCUCUGGAGACGCAAGACGCUGACCAGCUCACGCCAUCGUGCUGGAUCCACCACCAGUCACCGAAAGGCCAUGAAGCAUCUCAAAAUGGCAAAUCUGAAGCCGCUUUGCAGCAUGAGAAGAGAAGAGGCCCAAGUUGUCCAAUGACCCCGGACAAGUUCCUCUUAACGGUUGGCACGCUGCAGAACGCCUGCAAGUCAGCCCAAGUCAGCUCCAGCAUUAAGCACACUGCAAAAGUCAGGGAAGCAUGGGAGCCUCCAUGGGAACAUCAGCACCACCGCCCUGAAAAGGUACAAAUAUUCAAAACCCCGCUGCAACACAGAAAGGAUCAGAUAGUCCGGCUCCAACGUGCAAGAUUGCACAGUGAUUCUUUGACUCUGAAAAGAAUUUCUGUACCCUUUGAAACCAAAAUGCUCCAGCUCAAGAUGAAAAACUCAUUGCAUGGACCCACUGUGAAUUCCUCUAUCCCUGCUCCCUCUGUUGUACGUCCCAAGACUUGUGGUGUGCUGCGAGAAAAGAAAGCUCCCAGUGGUCAUGGUAAAGUCAUUUCUCUCCCUGAAAGUGGGGUUCAGUUUAUCAAUCCCUUCACAGCUUCUUCAGAACCAAUCAAAUCAACACAUGUGGUGAUGGCACAAAUGAAAAAUGAAGCCGUUUCCAGGAGAAAAAAGACUUUUUGUCCAUAUGCUCCAGACCCUUCCAGGAGGGCCAGUGGGCUCAGGCUUCUGACAGGAAAAGAGAAGGCUGUGUAUGAGGCAGCUACAGUAGCUCAGUGUCAGGCACGCCAGGCAAAGCUCCUAGAAGAUCAGCGAAGAGCACGCAACAAGGCCUGGUUAAGGAAAAUCAAAGGCCUACCUGUAACCUCUUUUACUGAGGAGGGCAAAAUACCUGCUCCAGAGCUCGGGCUUAACACAUUUAUCUGA